CAAAUCAGUCCUCCAAGUAUGAAGCUUGUCAAUAAGAUAUUAUGACAAUCAACAUCAUUCAGUUAAUAUUACUCUUAAAAUAUAGGUAUUAGAAAUGAAAUACAUAAAAAUUGUGUGGCAUUUCUGUAAAUCUUCUCCCCAAGAACUGUUGCAGGUAAGCUUCUGCCUAACUUCCAACAGCGAUCUAAUCCAAACUAUUAGCGCUAAACACCGCUUGUGAAUUCGACUGCUGGAGAUAGAUAGAGCAAGACGAAAUAUGUCGAGGCCAGAGCGAAGCGAUGUCCAUCUCCCGCCGGAGGAGGCGAAGAGAGUGGAGGAAGAGACGCGGCGAUACUUUGAGAAGAUGAUCCCCAAACGCCGCCCCAAGCCUGCACGCAGUGAUCCCGACGGCCUUGACGGCGAUCUUGGGCAGUUCGGAGGGGAUUCGAUUCCUGCCGAGCUCCGGAAACUCCAAGAACUCAACGCCGGGGAACAGAAGCUGGUGUGUGAAGGCGACGGGGCUGUGGAGGAGUAUGUGGAGACGGAGUAUUACACAGGGCUCCACUGCAUCGACAAGCAGCAUCACACGACUGGAUCUGGCUUCAUAAAGACGGAAGAACAGAGAAGCAGCAAUCUGAACCUGAAACCGGUCUCUGCAUACAGCUCUCCCUCAUCUCGCAAGUGUAAUCCUGCUACCAACGAUUGGAUGCCUGCUGCUGAAACAGUGAUUCCAAUUUCUCACAAGCCUAACAGGAGUGACAGUUAGUCAAUCGAUCUCCAUUUUGGGCAAUGUGCUGCUCCAACUCAUUUUAUUCAAAUGGCAAACUCUCCUCACAGUUUAAGCUAAGUAAAUGAUCUUAUUAUUUAUAUAUAGGCUGCGUGCGCUCUGUUUUCUUCGUAUCUCUAGUCGUAUGGUUUAAUUUAGGGAGCUUGGUACAGGUGGGUGGCUUGAAUAUUUUAUGAGUACAUGGAUGGCUGCUUGAGAAAAAUGUUUUCCUGUUUGGAGAAUUGAACCGUUUUGGCAAACUGGCUUUUUAGUGCUUGGAAAAUUAAUAAGGGACCUCUUAAUUAGAUUUGUCUUGUUAGGAUCAUACAAACAUGCUUUUAUAUGUGAUUUAGCAUUUUUUUUUUUUUAGCAUGAAGCAUGAAUAUUAAGGUGAUCCUAAAGGUAUGAAAUAAAGCUGAUUUUAAUUUGAUUGAACUGGUUUUCUGUUAUGAGAAGCUCCAAAUGAUAAGGACACUUAGGGUGGUAUGGUGCCGCACCGCCAU